AGAAAAUGUAGAUAAACUGAGAUAAACUGAAAGAGUCCUUGAAGCAAAUGAGAGAAGAGGGAAUACCAUUUGGAGAGGAGAAAACAAUCGUUUUUAAGAUGCACAUCAAUGGUUCAUCGAAAGAAAUGUCAGAAAAAGCAGAAGAAAUUGUCAAUUCUAUCAUAUCAAAGGCCCAGGAAUUGACAAAUUAUUCAAGCAUAUAUGAAGAAAUCACUAAAGCUGUUGGCAAAAUUUUGGACCAUAUUCGUAACAUUCAUUGGGCAACACUUUUGUCGAGUGAAAGAAGCUGCAUUUUACUAACUUUUACAUGUACCUCAUAUUGCGUCAUUUUAAGUCUACUAGACUGUUUUGAACGCAACACUUUAAAGGAACAGAUGUUUGAUUUGGCUCAGAGUCUGAGUUUUUACUUGAGUGAUGAGUUUAAUAUACUUGCAACUGUUUCGCCAACAAGCAUCGUAGUACUACAAGAAAUGUCAGAAGUUAAAACACAGGGAUGUUACGUUCCUAUCAAAGUAUCAUGUGCCACAGUGUCCAGUUUAGAUGAGGUCUACAGAUGUUUCGAUGCAACUGCGGUCAAUAGCACAGCUGAUGUUAAAAACCUAGCCAAUGUCCUUUCGAGAGAGUUAAAUGACACAUACCACAUUCAAAUAAGCGCUGAUAUAGGAACUAAGCAACACUUACUUUUAGAGGAGAAAGACGGGUCAAAUUCAUGUAAACCCAAAAAUAGUGAAAAUGCAAUGGAAAUGGCAGAUGAAAUGCCAAUUUUGUACAAGCACAUUCAAACUGACAAGGCAACAGACGGAGCCACGGGAUGUAGCGCUGAUGAUGAGGUUCAUAGACCAGACAUUGAUGCAAUCAUUUCAAAGGGGAAGUGUCCAAUUAACUCUUUGAAUGAGAUAAAUGUAGGUGACGUAUUUGAGCAUCAGAUUCUUGUAACAAAUGUUCAGGUCGAUGACAAUGAUACCAGAAGAGGCUCUAUCGAAUUUAUUCAUUUUCGCUUUCCAAGUAUUUUUACUAUUACAACACGAAACAUAGUUAGAGAGCAGAUGGUUAUAGAUCUUAAGCGCGACAGUUUGUAUCGUGCAAACUAUUAUGGUGGUAUAUUUUCUACGGAGGAGGCAAUAAGUCGGGCUAAUAAGAGAAUAGGAGAAAGGAAAUUGAGCACUAGCAACAGAUUUGAACAUUUCUGCUUUUGGGCAAAAGUAAAGCCAAUUACAAAUAAGGCAGAUAACUCCUCGUUGAAAAAGCCCAGUUCUCGUUCAAUGAGUAUGAAAGAAAUCGAGAUUCAUCUUGCAGAAGAGCUACAGGAAGGAGAUGUUAUCUAUUUCAAAUCUGAUGGAAUUCUGGUUAAUAUUGAAUCCUUGGAUGGCGGAAUUGGACGAAGGUUUCGAAUUGAAAAGGUUGCUUAUGAUGAGUAUGAUUAUAUUGUUCGGAAAAAGCAUUACAAUAUUGAUUUAAACACAGAUUUUAUAAGCGUCAAGAAAUACAGUUCGUCUUACUGCGUUUCUAUGACAGAACGAGUUAAACGUGCUUUAAACUAUGUUGGCGUCAAAGGUAAAUGGUGGAGUAGGAACGAAUUCAUUAAAUAUUGCAUAAAGGAAUCUCGUUACGAUUGAUGAAUAAAGUGUCCCUGGUAAUGAAUAUAUCAGUUUUGAAUAAAGAUUUCGUUAUCAAAUGGACAGUGAACAUGACUAUGCUGUAGAAGAUGUAACAAUCAUUUUUUGUAAAUAAUUUGAUAACCUCAACACUUUGAUUCCCCCAGAAGUACUUCUAUGUAUUUCAUGUACCUACUUUUGCUAUAACUCAUUGUUGAUCAUAAUUUUAUGAUAAGUGUACAAGUGUAAUGAUAAUUCAUGUUAUUUCAGGAAAUAUAAUUACUGUAUACCUUAAAUCGCGGUAUUACCGGACAGUGUCCAAAAUUAAUAUUUUAACAAAUAAUUAAAAUGUUUUCCUCUAACCUCACUGUAACUGGUAUUAUUUGUUCGUUAUCAAGAAAUAAUUGUGAAUUUUCAGUUACAUCCAGAUUUAUGCCCGCAAUUACUAGUUCUACGUCAUAAGAUAAUUGAAGCACUGUUUUUAUAUAUGUAUAUGAAUUUACCAGACACAUACAAAUUCUAUGUAAUAAAUGUAUGAAUGUUUCUUCUUAAAAUGUUUGAAAUAUGUACAAAACAGUAACUGACCAACUUGAUAUACAUUUAUGUCAUUGCUAUGAGUGUUUGUGUUUAUGUUUCACUAUUAUAUACAUGCAUUAAAUUUUAAAUAAUUUCUUUCUGUUCAUUUAUAGUUUGUAGUUGAAAGUGAUUAACCGUCAUUUUAAAGGUUAAAUAUUGCAGCAUUGUCGUUAUAACACGCCUUCUACUUUGGACAUUCAAUCAGGCUCAUGUAUAUACAUGUAUGAAUGUAAUCGUAAUGGCAGCAG